GAAAAGGGAAAAUAUCUGUUAUCGAACGGCAUUAAUAUUUUGUGGCCUUGGCUAAACGACUCCAUAUCUCUCUUUCUCUCUCUAGAUUAUCUCUUCAGCUCCAUGCUUCAAAUCCAUAUCUUCGCCUUUUUGUAGAAAAAAGAAACAGGAAAAGAAAAAACCCCUAAAGUUUUCACCAAAAAGAGCGCAACGCUUUAUCAGCUUAACAAAAAAGGCAGUCCAGUCUUUAUAGAGAGAUUCUUAGUCCCUCUGUCCGCUUGGUUGUUUCCUUUUAGUGUUUGAUUGAUUGCAGGUUCUGUGCGUCUUUUCAAUUUGCAUAAUUAAAUGCUUAAAGUAUAAAUUCAAUGAGAUUGUCUCGCACCGAUGCUUCGCUGUAGAAAUGGCUUCUGCUUCUUCUUUGUCAGUAUCGCUGGAAUGCGUGAAUAUAUGUAAAUUACCAAAAGGAGAUAGAUAUGACUGUAAUGUGCUCUCUUGUGCGUGGAAAGCUCCUAGAGUUUUGACAGGGUUUCUUGCGAGUACUGCGCAUCCUCAUCAGUGUUCCUCGCUGUCUUCUGCACGAAAUUGUAGAAGGAAUCAUUUCAAAUCUAAAUGCGGAACCUUUGAAAUAGCAAGUUCUAACUCAAUUGAGGCUUUUGGAUCUGCAUUUGUUGAGAAACUCUUUAGAACUAGAUUGCUUAAUGUUGCUGGUCAAAGAUGGCAAUUGUAUUGUUCUUCACCCAUUUCCAUGGGCACCUGGAAUGAGGUUUCCCCCAAAAGAUUAUGGGAGGAUCUUAAGCCUGCUGUUUCAUACCUUUCACCAAAAGAAUUGGAAUUGGUCCAUAGUGCUCUUGAGCUGGCUUUUGAGGCUCACGAUGGUCAGAAAAGACGCAGUGGAGAGCCGUUCAUUGUGCACCCAGUUGAAGUUGCACGCAUUCUAGGAGAACUUGAAUUGGAUUGGGAAUCAAUUGCUGCUGGAUUACUGCAUGAUACUGUUGAAGAUACAAAUGUUGUUACUUUUGAAAGAAUAGAGGAGGAAUUUGGUCCCACUGUGCGCCACAUCGUAGAAGGAGAGACUAAGGUAUCUAAAUUAGGAAAAUUAAAGUGUAAGAAUGAAAGUGAUUCGGCACAAGAUGUUAAAGCUGAUGACCUGCGACAGAUGUUUCUUGCCAUGACAGAAGAGGUUCGUGUUAUUAUUGUCAAAUUAGCUGACAGGUUACAUAACAUGCGUACUCUUUCUUAUAUGCCUCCACAUAAGCAGUCCAGCAUUGCUAUGGAAACACUUCAGGUCUUUGCUCCACUUGCGAAAUUACUAGGAAUGUAUCAAAUCAAGUCUGAGCUAGAAAAUCUAUCAUUCAUGUACACAAAACCUGAAGAUUAUGCUAAGAUCAAGAGGAGGGUUGCAGAUCUCUACAAAGAACAUGAGAAAGAGCUUCUGGAGGCAAACAAAAUUUUAGAGAAGAAGAUUGAGGAGGAUCAGUUCCUAGACCUUAUGACUGUGAAGACUGAAGUUCGCUCUGCAUGCAAGGAGCCUUACAGUAUUUACAAAGCGGUGCUUAAAUCCAAAAGCUCAAUUUGUGAGGUGAACCAAAUUGCACAGCUACGUAUUAUUGUAAAGCCAAAGCCAUGUGUCGGAGUUGGGCCUUUCUGUACUCCACAGCAAAUAUGCUACCAUGUUCUUGGUUUAGUCCAUGGGAUCUGGACACCUAUUCCUAGAGCUAUGAAGGACUAUAUUGCAACCCCAAAGCCCAAUGGUUAUCAAAGUCUCCAUACUACUGUAAUUCCAUUUCUGUAUGAGAGCAUGUUUCGGCUGGAGGUUCAGGUUCGAACUGAAGAGAUGGAUCUGAUAGCUGAGAGAGGCAUUGCUGCUCAUUAUAGUGGGAAAGUAUUCGUUACAGGUUUAGUUGGACGUGCAGUACCUAAUGGUAGAAGUUCAAGAGGGAAGACUGUCUGUCUUAACAAUGCAAAUAUUGCACUCAGGAUUGGCUGGCUCAACGCAAUUAGAGAAUGGCAAGAGGAGUUUGUUGGCAAUAUGAGCUCUAGAGAAUUUGUAGAUACCAUCACUAGAGAUCUAUUAGGUAGCCGUGUCUUUGUAUUCACACCAAGGGGAGAGAUAAAAAAUCUGCCAAAAGGGGCAACAGCAAUCGACUAUGCUUACAUGAUACACACUGAUAUUGGCAACAAGAUGGUGGCUGCAAAGGUCAACGGCAAUCUAGUUUCUCCAAUGCAUGUUCUUGCUAAUGCAGAAGUUGUGGAGAUAAUCACCUACAAUGCACUCUCUAGCAAGUCAGCUUUUCAGAGGCAUAAGCAAUGGCUACAACAUGCAAAAACACGUAGUGCCAGACACAAAAUUAUGAAAUUCUUAAGGGAGCAAGCUGCACUAUCAGCUGCUGAAAUAACAGCAGAUGCAGUAAAUGACUUUAAUUCUGAAGAGGAUAGUGAGGUAGAAGAGUUCUUGGAUAAUACGGCAUCAAACAGGCCUUUGUGGGAGAAAAUCUUUGUGAAUGUUGCAGAAAAGUCAUCUCAGGGGAAAUACUCCAAGGAUCUCUUGCCUUCAAAAAAUGGCAGCGUUUGGGUCCCCAAGGUCAAUGGGAAACAUAAUAAGCACAUGCAGCAUGUGAGUUUGGACGCCCAGGGGAAAUUGUUAUCACAGGGAAAUGGUGUUGCCAAGAUGAUACAAUCUAAUGUUCCGAUGUUUAAGGAAGUCUUGCCUGGUUUAGAAGGUUGGCAUGCCAGCAAGGUUGCAUCUUGGCACAGUGUUGAAGGGCAUUCAAUCCAAUGGUUUUCAGUGGUAUGCAUAGAUCGAAGAGGCAUGAUGGCUGAGGUUACAACAGCAUUGGCAACUGUAGGCAUCACAAUAUGUUCCUGUGUGGCUGAGAUUGAUAGAGGAAGGGGAAUGGCCGUGAUGUUGUUUCAUAUUGAAGGGAGCCUUGAUAAUUUGGUGAAGGCCUGCUCAAGCGUGGAUCUGAUUUUGGGUGUUCUGGGAUGGUCUACGGGUUGCAGCUGGCCAAGCUCAAUGGAAAACCCCCAGUGUCUUGAAUGCUAAUUUACGAGUUGAGCUUAUGCCCCAAAUAUUUCACCCAGCUGUUGCAAGCUUGGGUAAGAAGUUUUGCCCCCAGAAAACUGAGAUUCUGGUGUUCUUAUAUUUUGGAUAAUUAGCUGAAUAGUUAUCAUCUAUUUGUUGGACAACCAUAGCAAAAUAAACCAGCAGCAGAAAAUUGAACCCUAGUCUGUCUCUGGAAAAUCAGGGCAUUGUAUAUAGAGAAAAGAGUGGUAGAUAGGAGUAUAUACACAUGUAAAGAUACUAGCAAAGAGAGGAUGGUGAAACACUUUAUAUACAGAAAGGUUGUAAGAAUUCUUGCCAUAUAGAUUUCCUUUUUUCUCUUA